UAAAACUUUAGUAGUUUUUCCGCUUGUGAUAACGAGAAAUAUCUUGCAAGAGUUAUUAUGUUUAAUUAUUCUGCUGUCAUAAUUGCAUGGGGCAUCCCGUGACGUUAUAUACUCUUGUGCGUGCCAUUUGAGAAUUCUGUUCACGUAUUUUGAGUUACCGAUUAGUUUGGACGUCCCCGCCAGUGAUCACAUUCAACUAAUAUUAUACAGAGAGGGGGAAAAUCCGAGAAAGAUGGUUACGGAUCUUAUCUGUAUACCAUGCAGAAUAGUUACAGUACUGAGUCCAAUGAUUCAACAAUCACAACAGUGCCUUAUGAUCAUAAGCAGGGAAUACAGGAAAAUGCUAGAGCAACAGAAAGUACAUGUUUAGCACCCAAUAGUAAUCAGGCAUACUUUGCUGAUGAAAAAAUUCAUAUACCAGAUACAAUAAAUGAUACUUUUAGUUUUAGAAAACUAUGGGCAUUCACAGGACCUGGGUUUUUAAUGUCUAUAGCAUAUUUAGAUCCUGGAAAUAUAGAAUCUGAUUUAAAAUCUGGAGUAACUGCCAAAUAUAAAUUACUAUGGGUAUUAUUAAGUGCAACAGUUCUUGGUCUUAUUAUGCAAAGAUUAAGUGCAAGACUUGGUGUAGUAACAGGUUUGCAUUUAGCAGAAAUGUGUUACAGGCAAUAUAAAAGAAUACCUAGAAUGAUUUUGUGGAUAAUGAUAGAAGUGGCCAUAAUUGGAAGUGACAUGCAAGAAGUAAUAGGAACAGCUAUUGCUUUGUCUUUAUUAACAAACAAAGCGAUUCCCAUAUGGGCUGGUGUACUUAUAACAAUAAUUGACACAUUUACAUUUUUACUAUUGGACAAAUAUGGCUUAAGAAAAUUAGAAUUCUUCUUUGGGUUUCUUAUCACAGUAAUGGCUGUAACAUUUGGUUAUGAGUAUGUUGUUUCAUCUCCCCCACAAGAUGAAGUGAUAAGUGGAAUGUUUAUACCUCGGUUUAGAGAUUAUGAUAGGAAUAUGUUAUUACAAGCUGUAGGAAUUGUUGGUGCAGUCAUAAUGCCACAUAACUUAUAUCUUCACAGUGCUCUUGUUAAAUCAAGAGAUAUUGACCGCAGAGACUCCCGAAAAGUAAGAGAGGCAAAUAUGUAUUACUUCAUUGAAGCUUGUGUAGCACUUUUGGUAUCUUUUAUAAUUAACGUAUUCGUUGUAACUGUUUUCGCAAAUGGGCUCUAUGAAAAAACUAAUUCAGAAGUUUAUCAAGUUUGCGAGAAGAACGAUUUUGCUAUAGGAAUGGAAACAUUCGACGGAAAAGAUAAUUCUACUAUUUCAGUAGAUCUUAACAAGGGUGGUAUAUUUCUCGGUUGUGCCUUUGGUGCGGCUGCAAUGUAUAUUUGGGCUGUAGGUAUUUUUGCUGCUGGUCAGUCUUCUACAAUGACGGGAACAUAUGCAGGACAAUUUGCAAUGGAAGGUUUCUUAAACCUUCAGUGGGCUCGUUGGAAACGAGUUCUCUUCACGCGAAUGAUCGCUAUUGUUCCAACUUUUCUUGUUGCAUUUUUCAGUGACAUAGAUAAUCUAACUAGCAUGAACGAUAUCUUAAAUGCUAUCAUGACUCUUCAGUUACCUUUUGCAACUUUGCCAACUAUAGCGUUUACUAGUAGUACUCAAAUAAUGGGUGAUUUCCGAAACGGAUUAACUAAUAAAAUUAUUGCAACAAUAUUAUCUGCUCUUGUAAUAUCUAUAAAUAUAUAUUUUGUAAUAAAUGCUGUCCAAGAAGAGUUGCCACAUCACUGGGCAGUAAUACUUGCAAUUUCUAUAUAUUCUAUUUUGUAUCUUCUAUUUUGCGUUUAUCUGACAAUUCAUAUGGCUGUGAAUAUGGGUGCAACUUCUCUUGCUAACCAUUGGUUUGUAAAAAAAUAUAUUGGAAGUCCUGUAAGUACAACGCUUGGAUUAUCAAAUCCUGCAAUAUACGCGAGGUCGAAUCCGGCAUUUAGUAUCCAAGAAAAUUGGUCAGGGAGCUUUACUACAAUACCAGAAUAUUGAUGAAUUAUUGACACGAAUAAAAUACGGUAUAACAUCUUUUGUCAGUGUAAUAAAUUGAUUCAAAG